CUUGUUAAAACAGGAGAGAGAAAAGGAAAAGAAGGAAUGAAACCGCCGCAACAUCAUCAUCAUCGUCACUGACUUAAGAACAGUUUCAAAUCAGUUCAUAUCCUUUUGAUUAUGGAUUUUCCGACGAACUCUCAUCAGUCAAACGGUCCUCUUCCUUCUGAUCUUGGUGGAAAGCAUGAUGAUCAUGAAGAAUUUCUGUCAACAGUUCCAAUUCAUACGGUUACCCAUCCAUCUCAACUACCAAAUGAAUUUCUCUACCCAUCCUCUCAAAAACAGAUGGUUGUUGGAUUUGAUUGUGAAGGUGUAGACCUAUGUCGACAUGGGCCCCUUUGCAUUAUGCAGCUAGCAUUUCCGGAUGCUAUGUACUUGAUUGAUGUUAUGCAAGGCGGGAGUGAUUUGAUGAAAGCUUGUAAACCUGCUUUAGAAUCCAGCCACAUUACAAAAGUCAUUCAUGAUUGCAAAAGGGACAGUGAGGCUUUGUAUUUUCAAUUUGGAAUCAAGUUACAGAAUGUGGUGGAUACACAGAUUGCAUAUUAUCUUAUAGAGGAACAAGAAGGGAGAAAAAGAGCACAUGAUGACUACAUUUCUUUUGUUGAUCUUCUUGCAGAUUCACGCUAUUGUGGUGUAUCAUAUGAUGAAAAGAAAGAAGUCCGCACAAUAAUGAGGGGGGAUCCCAAAUACUGGACAUACAGACCUCUGUCUGAACAGAUGGUUCGUGCAGCUACAGACGACGUUCGGUUUCUUCCUUACAUUUACAAAAAGAUGAUGGAGAAGCUUAGUGAAAGGUCCUUAUGUCUAUUAGCGAUUCGUGGUGCACUAUAUUGUCGUUGUUUCUGUAUCGUUGAUGAUGGAUACAAAGAUUGGCCACCUCUUCCUUCCAUUCCAGGUAAUGAUGCUACUAUAGAAGAGGAGAUCCUAUCAUACCUUGAUAUUCCUCCUGGAAAAAUGGGAUGUGUGAUCGGAAGGAAAGGAUCUUCCAUCUUAUCCAUUAAGGAGUCUUGCAACGCUGAAAUUGUUCUAGGAGGAUCGAAAGGACCACCAGAAAAGGUUUUCAUCUUAGGUUCUGUGAAGCAAGUGAGGAAGGCAGAAGCUCUUUUAAGAGGUAGGAUAGUAUGAAAACAAAAAACUUACUCUUUUUUUUCUUUGCUCUCAUAAUGUUUAAAGACAAAAUUUACUAGUUGAAUGAAAACACCACAUGAAAAACACCUUUGAAUCACCCUAAAACCUGCUUGGACCCGAGCCUUUGAAGUUUAAUGGAUUGUGUUUUUCUUCUCUGA